UAAAGUGUUGCCCUUUCCCGUUCCGCCUUGCGCGGCGAGUGCUCGUGGGUCAGUGAGAGCCAGAAGAGGUUUUUCGCAGUCGGGAGGUCGCGGACUGCUGUUCCGCGGCUGUCAUCAUGCCACAAAAUGAGCAUAUUGAAUUACACCGUAAACGCUAUGGAUAUCGUUUGGAUUACCAUGAGAAAAAGAGAAAGAAAGAAAGUCGGGAGGCCCAUGAACGUUCAAAGAAGGCAAAGAAAAUGAUUGGCCUGAAGGCUAAGCUCUACCAUAAGCAGCGCCAUGCUGAGAAAAUACAAAUGAAAAAGACUAUUAAGAUGCACGAAAAGAGAAACACCAAGCAAAAGAAUGAUGAAAAGACUCCACAGGGAGCAGUACCUGCCUACCUGCUGGACAGAGAGGGGCAAUCUAGAGCAAAAGUGCUUUCCAACAUGAUUAAGCAGAAACGAAAAGAGAAAGCGGGGAAAUGGGAGGUCCCUCUACCCAAAGUUCGUGCCCAAGGAGAAACAGAAGUAUUGAAAGUUAUUCGAACAGGAAAAAGAAAAAAGAAGGCAUGGAAGAGGAUGGUUACUAAAGUCUGCUUUGUUGGUGAUGGUUUUACAAGAAAACCACCUAAAUAUGAAAGGUUUAUCAGGCCAAUGGGUCUGCGUUUCAAAAAAGCUCAUGUCACACAUCCUGAGCUGAAAGCUACCUUUUGCUUGCCAAUACUUGGUGUGAAAAAGAAUCCAUCAUCCCCAUUAUAUACAACUCUGGGUGUAAUCACCAAAGGUACAGUCAUUGAAGUGAAUGUGAGCGAGCUUGGCCUUGUGACACAAGGAGGCAAGGUUAUUUGGGGAAAGUAUGCCCAAGUUACCAACAAUCCUGAAAAUGAUGGGUGCAUAAAUGCAGUCUUGCUGGUUUGAUAGUGACUUCUACUGAAAACUACACACCAUUAGGAAAACACCAUCAGUGUGAUCUGGCUGAAUACUACCAAGGUGCCUACCCAUGAGCAGUCAUCGAAGAGUAUUUAUUAAAUUUUAAAUAAAAAAAUAAAAACUGCACAGUUUUAGUUAGUCUUUAGUUUGGGGCCUAAGGGCUUACAUGGUAAUAAAAUGUAGUGACUGAAUAGCAAGCAUACAGAUAGAUGUGAACUAAAGAGUGUGUAUGCAGCAUCACUGGAAAAGCCCCAGUGUUGUUUGAAGCACCAAUGAACACUUAGUUAUUGAGUAAGUAUUUUCCAUCUCACUGCAUUAACCCUAAAAAAUGGAACAUGUUAAACGUGGUAAGUGUUUAAGAAAUACUACAUUAAAAGUAUGUGAGAAGGUAAAUUAAACUGAACACAACUUGUGGCUUUUCCACUUGUAACUAAUAAUUUAUGUAGUACUUCAGUGAACUCCAGUGUACUUCUAAUUUAUACUGCUACAGUGAUGGUACAAAUUGGUUUAGAUAGUUCUAGACCAUGUACUAGUGCCCUGAAAUGCAGUAGUUAAUUAGAUUAAAAGUCAUGAUUUGG